UUUACAAGGAGGGCUUCAGGAGAGGGAGUGGUAUUAUCAUGAGAAUAUUCUUUGGAAAAGUAUAAAAGCUGAAGAAUUCCCUCGUACUCUUCGUACAGCAACAUUAGAACUUCUUCUGUGCACACCAACUCUUACGGCUUCGUCAGUCCGCACCUAUAUUCGUCAUGAAGGUGGUUGCUACCAUUCUGAGCCUUGUUGCGGCAGCAAGUGCUGCUGCCGUGCUCCCAGUGGAAUCCUCCGUGGUGAAGUCUGACCGGGUUGGUGAUAGCUUCUCCUACAGCAUACAUCAGAACCAGGGUUACGCUGUUGGUGGCGUUCCAUCCCUGUACCCCUAUGAAUUUAGAGGCGACAAAGUUAAACAAGUCGUCCCUGCCACUGCAUACAUGGCGCCUGUGGAGCUGAAAUCCACUGAGUACAAACAUGUUGUUCCAGUGGCUCCAUUUGAAGAAUACAAGCAUGUAGUUCCUGUAUCGCCCAUCCAGCUGAAAUCAACUGUUCUUCCUGCUGCCACAUAUGUGUCAGCUGAGCCACUCAAGAACAUUGAGCUGAAAAGCUAUGCACCAUCAGCAUAUGUUGGUCCGCUUAAGAGCUUUGUCCACCCUGCAGCUACUCUUCUUACUACUUCACCAGUUAGGAAUGUCGGCUACAUUCAGCCUUCUCCUGCCUAUGUUUCGCCUGCUGUCGCUUAUUCCCAUGACACUGCUGUACCCAUCACAUAUGGAUCUAACAUUUAUGCCUAUCCCUACAUUAAGCCAGAAAAGAUGUUCUGAAAGUAAUCUUUAUGGCAUCCCAUUGUGUACCUAUUCUGCACCAUUUUCUUUCUUUCUCCUAUAAUCCUAUAUUCAUAUAUUGGCAUGAUAUUGAUGACCCAGGCCAUGAUAAUGUGAAUGACAUUACUUGAAUGGUGAAUGCAUGUGAUUUGUCAUAUUUUGUAGCAAAAAAAUAUAUAAAAAUGAUAUAAUAAGUGCUCUGCCGUCAA